AUGGACGGCCCCGCCAACGCCACGCUGCGCCCCGGCGCGCCCACGCCCGCGCCCACCCCGGGGGCGCCCAGCCCCGCGCCCAGCCCCGGCGCGCCGCGCCCCGCGCCCAGCCCCGCGCCCCCGGCCGGCGGCGCGGCCACCCUCGGCCCGGCGCCGUUCCCGCAGCCCUGGGCGCACCCGCAGACCCCGUUCUGGGACACGCCGCUGAGCCACGGGCUGAACGUGUUCGUGGGCGCCGCCCUGUGCAUCACCAUGCUGGGCCUGGGCUGCACGGUGGACGCGGGCCGCUUCGCCCAGCACGUCCGCCGGCCCGUGGGCGCGCUGCUCGCCGCGCUGUGCCAGUUCGGCCUCCUGCCGCUGCUGGCCUUCCUGCUGGCGCGGGCCUGCGCGCUCGACGAGGUGGCCGCCGUGGCCCUGCUGCUGUGCGGCUGCUGCCCCGGCGGCAGCCUCUCCAACCUCAUGUCCCUGCUGGUGGACGGCGACAUGAACCUCAGCAUCAUCAUGACCAUCUCCUCCACGCUUCUGGCCCUAGUCUUGAUGCCCCUGUGCCUGUGGGUCUACAGCCGGGCUUGGAUUGACACCCCCCUGGUGCAGUUACUCCCGCUCGGGGCCGUGACCCUGACCCUCUGCAGCACUCUCAUCCCCAUCGGCCUGGGCGUCUUCAUUCGGUACCGGUACCACCGGGUGGCGGACUACAUCGUGAAGGUUUCCCUGUGGUCUCUGCUAGUGACGCUGGUGGUCCUUUUCAUAAUGACUGGCACUAUGUUAGGACCUGAACUGCUGGCCAGUAUUCCUGCAAGUGUUUACGUGAUAGCAAUUUUUAUGCCUUUGGCAGGCUACGCCUCCGGCUAUGGCUUGGCUACUCUCUUCCGUCUCCCACCCAACUGCAAGAGGACUGUCUGCCUGGAAACGGGGAGUCAGAAUGUGCAGCUCUGCACUGCCAUUCUGAAGCUGGCCUUUCCACCGAGACUAAUAGGGAGUAUGUACAUGUUUCCCUUGCUUUAUGCCCUCUUCCAGUCUGCAGAAGCAGGGAUUUUGGUUUUAAUAUAUAAAGUGUACGGUAGUGAAAUAUUGCACAAGCGAGAUCCUCUAGAUGAAGACGAAGAUACAGAUAUUUCUUAUAAGAAACUAAAAGAAGAGGAAAUGGCAGAUACUUCCUACGGCACGGUGAAAGCCGAUAAUUUCAUCAUGAUGGAAACCACUCAGACUUCCCUCUGAACGCGGAGUUACGGAGGAGCUUCUGUCUUGCUGACAUAUUGCUACGUAUUUAUGGUCUGUGGUAGUGAAUCUGGUUUACGUAAAGGAUGACAAAUGGUUCACAUUAUCCUACGUGUCACAAUUGUGAUCUUCCCAGUGUAAGGGUGCAUUGGUGUAUCAACCAAGCGUUUUCACAAAUUACAGAUCAAUCUCAUUAUAUAACUUGCACCUGGGAUUGUUCAUCGUGGAGCCUGAACAUGUUAAAUGUGCUCUUUGGUUUUUACCAUCACCGAUUUCUAUGACUGCUUCAGAUCUGUGAACUCUUAGAAAACAGGGUCUCGGAAAUGUAGAAUUUUGGUGCACUAGCUCAUACGAGUAAAAACAAGCUUUUUUUUUUUUUUUUUUU